AUGGAGGCGAUGGAGGAGCUAUCUCAGCUUUCGGAUGCCAUGUUGCAGGCUGCCGCCCUCCUGGCUGACGAGGACGCUGACGAGGCGUCUUCCCGGCGGACCUCCACUUUUCUCAAUGUUGUGGCUCUUGGCAACGUUGUAAGUCUAAUUUCUCGACGAGGACGUUGUCGAGACGUCUUCAUUUCGUCGCUUUCAUUCUUUUAAUGUGUUCUGAAAUUUUCACACUGGCCGGAUUGGCAUUAUUAAGUUUUCCUUUUCAGAUUCCGACGAUCCUUUUUGGUGUUUCUCCUUCAUAGAUGUUAUUGGGGCUGGCUAUGAUAUAUGUUUACUGUUGACAAAUAUUGUUAUCGACGAUAUAGAUAUCUUUGAACAAAUGUUGCUUCUCUUGUGCUACCGUAGGGGGCUGGCAAGUCUGCAGUUCUGAACAGCUUGAUUGGGCAUCCUGUUUUGGUAAGUUAUCAUGGGCAAAAAUUUUAUCAUUUUUCUUGUGUAACCUGCUUGCGCCGUCUAGCUACUCGUUCAUUUGAUUUUUCCUAAUCCUAAUACAGCCAACCGGAGAAAAUGGUGCUACACGAGCACCUAUUGUGAUUGAUUUACAUAGGGAUGGGUCAUUGAGCACGAAAUCUAUUGUAUUACAGAUAGACAAUAAAACGCAGCAGGUUUCUGCAAGUGAGUACUCUGUUUAUUGCCCAUUUUUUCGCUUAUCAAUUCUGUCAGCACAUGUUUCUCUUUCGGUCUUAAAAUGUUUGAAUACUCACCCUUUCGACCUCCCUGUUUCAUACGAGAAUGUAAGUCAUGAGCCAAUGGCGUAAAGCCUUGCAGUUCAUGCGUAGGCUCUUAAAUGUCUUACCUUUUUCUGUUAUCCAUCCAGGUGCUCUUAGGCAUUCUCUUCAAGACAGGCUAAGUAAGGGUACAUCAGCUGGAAAGGGCCAUUCAGAGGAGAUAUAUUUGAAACUGCGGACUAGUACUGGUAAAUUUUUGAAUUUGUUUUUUAUUACGUUUUUCUUCCCUUCUUUUUGAGAUUUACUCUGUUUUAUCAACUUUAAACAUUGAUGAGGAGUCAUCAUGCCUUCUGUGGAUGGUCUAAUUUCAUGGAACUUUUUCGUUUUUUUCCCUUUAUGAGCUUAAGCUGCAAAAUAACAGCAGCGUUAUCAUGGUGACUUUCCCCUCUUGUUCAUGAUCAUCACGUGUUUAUCAAUUUACUGAUACUUGUUUGGGACUAAAAUAUGAGACUUCUUCAAGUAAAAUUUGAUUCAGUUAUUGUAAAUAGCAUGUCGGUAUUUUUACUAUUGGUACAUUUCUCUAGAGUUGGAGCCCAACAAUCUGUGUAUUACGCAUACUUUGUCACAAUAGACUUUUUGAUAAAAUAUGGGUGCUAAAAAAGUAAUAUAAACUAAUAAAAAAAUUAUCUCUCUAAUUAUAAAUCCCUCUUCCUCUUUCACAGUUUUAAGCAUGCCCGAGGUUGAAUUGGUGUUAUUGAUCAAUAGUUCAACAUGGUUAAACAUUUUUUGUAUGCAAGGAACAUGUAUUACUCCCCCCCUCUUUAAUUUGUAUAGAUAUGUUUGAGAUGCUUUAGAGCACGGUCUUGUUGCAAACUGUGUCCUAUUGGCAGUCUUAAGAGUAUUUUUAAUCUAACUCUUCUGUUUGAAACUAAAAGUCAUGUUGCUUGAACUUGCCAUGGUUGAUGAGGUCAAAGAUUCUGAGAAAUUUUUAAAUUCAUGGCAUUCCACAAAGUGACCUGAUGCUGUGCCACUAUUUAUUCAUAGAUCAGGUUGUAUUUUAACGCAAUUAUUGAUUAUUUCGCAUCCUGGACCAGCUCCUCCACUGAAAUUGAUUGAUCUCCCUGGACUGGAUCAGCGGGCAAUGGAUGACUCAGUGGUAGGUAUCUGUUGAUCGAUUUGCACUGGCUUCAUAUGUACCUUUACUGAAUUUUGGUGAUUCUGUUGAUAUUUCACCUUCUUAAUUAUUUUCUCUUCAUACUGAUUAUUGUAAUUCCUUGAUCACAUUAAAUGCUGUGAUUUCAUCGAAUGUUUUUGCUUUUCAGGUCAGUGAUUAUGCUGCCCAUAAUGAUGCCAUAUUGUUAGUCAUAGUUCCUGCAGCUCAAGCGCCUGAAAUCUCUUCAUCACGUGCUCUUAGACUUGCCAAGGAAUUUGAUUCAGAUGGUUCGUCCUUUUACCUUGUCUUAGAUAAUUACAUAGAUAAUCUCCAAUAUUCUUAACACCAGUAAUCUUUUUCUCCUUGUAUCAACAUUUUUCAGAAAUCUCCAAUUAGAACUCUUGUACCAUAAAAUUAAUGGCCAUGGGCAUUUGUUGCAGGUACUCGAACAAUUGGUGUUAUUAGCAAAAUAGAUCAAGCAGCUGGUGACCCAAAGAUCCUUUCUGCCGUUCAAGCUCUUAUAUCAAACCAAGGGCCUUCAAAAGCAUCUGAUAUUUCUUGGAUUGCUUUAAUUGGGCAAUCUGUUGCAAUUGCCUCAGCGCAUUCUGGAUCUGUUGGGCCAGAUAAUUCUUUAGAAACUGCUUGGCGGGCUGAAAGCGAGAGUCUCAGAUCCAUGCUUACUGGGGCACCACAGGGUAAGCUUGGAAGGAUAGCCAUGGUGGACACUAUUGCCCGGCAGAUUCGGAAACGAAUGAAAGUUAGGGUCCCCAAUCUUCUUUCUGGGUGAGUAUAAGCUGAACGCAAUUUUAAGUUAUCUUAAGUUCACAUCCUUUGUCUAGGUUGGAUUUAUUCCUUUCCUUUGUUCUCUUGUAUUCUUUCUCCAAAUAACUGAGAUAGUAACGUAAUUUUUUUACUGAAUUAUGCUCAUUUUUUAAUUAUCGAUCGUUUUUUCUUUUCAAUAUCAGUACCGAUAUCAGUACUUUGUAGAAAUUCGGAAGCAUUUAAUAAAAUACAAGACUCUAUUUUCUUGCGUAAUCUCGACCCUUGGUUCAGUGAAUACUUUAAGACUUCAAACUAACCUUGUUGGUGUGAUGUUUUGUCAGGCAUGUCAUGUGUUGAGUCAUUGUUUAGGAUUUUGAAUACAACAUUCUUCAUCAUUAGGUCUCCAGCAACACGUAUCUUUAAAUAGCAAUGCAAGAUACAAUAUCUGACUUACCACCAGUCUCAGAUAUAGCACAAUGGGUCUUUAUUGUUGGACGUACAUGAGUAGAGUCAUAGCUAAAUAUACACUUGCUCUUCUGUUCUAUUUAAAUGGAUGCUAUGUUUGGCUCAAUUUUCCGUGUUAAUACCUGACACACAUUCAUGUCCAUAGGACCUUUGAUCUUGGCUGUCAAAUUAUAAUAAGAUGGAAGUUGGUGUUAGGCUAAAGAUAGUUGGAUAUGUGCAGAUAUAUCUUCAUGGUAGUGAUGUUUCCUGCUAAUAAUUUUUAACAUUCAGAUUGCAAGAUGAGGAUUGUCAUUAACAAUUUAUACCUUCCAGGUUGCAGGGGAAGUCUCAAAUCGUCCAAGAAGAGUUGUUCAGACUUGGCGAGCAGAUGGUACAUAGUUCUGAGGGAACUAGAGCGAUAGCUUUGGAACUUUGCCGAGAAUUUGAAGACAAAUUUCUCCAGCAUAUUGCGACCGGAGAGGUUAGUUAUUUGACUUGUUGUUGACCUUACAUUUUCAUUCCACAUGUAUAACUUCUUUCAUUCUCUCCAUUUCUUUUUCUUCCUUUCUUCUUCUUCCCUCUCGUUUCUUUGCUCUUUCUCUUACUAGGACCCUGAGUAGGCUGCAUGCAAGCCAUUAAAUAAAUGCAAAAUUUGAAUCUCGCAUUCUUGUUUCCCAUUUACAUUGAAUGAGAUAUACGGAAGGCAACUAAAUUAUGAAGAGUUAUCCCUUUCUCUGAUUGAUUCGAGUUAUUCCUGAGUUUUUUUCUUUUCUUACCUGGAAAACAUUCAGGUAAAUGAACUGAGGAAAGGGGGGAGUAAUAGGAAAGCUAGUCAGUAUGGUUGAUUAAGGGUUUUUCUGUGUACAAUGCUGAUAAUUUAGGGUUUUUCUGCAGGGUAGUGGUUGGAAAGUUGUUGCAAGUUUUGAGGGGAAUUUUCCUAACAGGAUCAAGCAGCUUCCUCUGGACAAACAUUUUGAUAUCAACAAUGUGAAAAGGGUACGUGAUAUUCCUCAUUAUUCUUUUGUAUCUAUCCUGUUUCUUCUCUUGUAUUCUAUUAUUUAAAUGAUUUUCUCAGGUUGUCCUGGAGGCUGAUGGUUACCAACCCUAUUUAAUAUCUCCUGAGAAAGGAUUGAGAUCUCUCAUAAAAGGUGUUUUAGAGCUUGCAAAAGAGCCCUCUCGGCUUUGUGUGGAUGAGGUAAUUUCUGCAUAUUGCACUAUAGUAAUCUUUGCACCUGUGUGCUUAUCUUACUGUUAUAAUUCUGAAUUAUCAAGUUGGAAUGAAUCUUCCACUGUGGUCUUUUUCUUCCUAAUCAUUUCAUCAUGUUUACUGGUUCAUGUUGCAUUGCCGUCCUGUUUCUUUCCUUAAAAUUAGCAUUUUGCCUUAACAGCAUUUUAUGGGAAUCAUAUGCCUCUUUGCAAGCCACUGAAGCCUCAAAGGAGCUAGGGAUUCAUUCUCAGUUUGUAUUUUGCCGUCUAUUUGAAUUCUAUCUCCUGGCAUCUGUAGUUUCAUUGACACUCAGAAUUGAAAGAAUUUCAAGCUCUCUUAUCUCGUCAUUUCGUUUUGGUAUCGAAACCGUUUAUUUCUGAUCUGUGGCAUGUUAUGACUCCUGUUAUCUUUAAGAGAGGUAGAAGUCUGCCAAUGGCAUGUGCUUUUUUAAACUAGAAGAAUAAAAGCUAGAUGUGCAAACGUGGGCACCCACCUCACCUAUUUACAUUUUGUGAGAAGAAAGGGGCAGUGCACAUCGGAUUUAACAAAGGCCCAAUGAGCACAUGUUCAAAAAUACUCACUAGCCGACUAGCAUGGUAUCAUAGGCAUAUUCUUAUACGUUUUCUAAUAGUUCUGUGCUUAUGUUCCCAUUCCUUGCCAUUUAUUUGCAAAAUUUGUAACACUCCCUGCAAUAUUCUAGGAUAAAAUUAUCUCGGCGUUCUAGAAAAACCUAUCCUUAUCUAUGUGACUACACACAUUUUUUCUCAUCCUUCUAGGAGGAAAUCAAACUGAGGAUUACGAUCAUCACCUUGUGUAGUUCAUGUGACAAUUUUGUUCGUGUUCAGUUCAUUUGCUUCUCAAAGUUAGGUUCAAAAAAUGAAUUCUUAAUGCUAAUUUCUCUCUACUGGGAACACUAGUUGAUCUAUAGCCUGGUAUUUGCUCUGUUAGAAAUGUUGCAUUAAUAGAAUGCUGACUUGUUUGUGUUUUGUUUUCCAAGGUCAUUGCAUUCCCACGUCUGUCUUUUAUGCCUUUUUGGGGCUGAUUCGCAUGGAUUCCGCUGCAGGUACAUCGAGUGCUGAUGGACAUAGUGUCUGCUGCUGCAAAUUCUACCCCUGGACUUGGAAGAUAUCCUCCAUUCAAGCGUGAAGUAUUUCUAUUUAUAUUUGUUUUUUUCUAAUAUUCAUUUUGUAUAAGAUAUCCAUCUACUUGGCCUGCUUUUUGUUUGUCUUAGUUUCAUUGAUAUUCUUCUUGAUUCAAUGCUUGUGAUGCAUGAAAGGUGGUUGCAAUUGCUUCUACUGCUUUAGAUGGAUUCAGAAAUGAAGCCAAAAAAAUGGUAGUUGCAUUGGUUGACAUGGAACGGGCAUUUGUUCCUCCCCAACAUUUCAUCCGCUUGGUGCAGAGGAGGUAGCACUUUACUUGAUUAUUGAAGUUUAUUUCAAAAAGGCAGUGUUUUUUAAAUUAUGGGUUUCUGUGGUGCUUAUUGUCAUCCACCUGGAUUCUUGGAACCUUUAACUUCAUCAUUCAUGAACGUAAAGGUUGCUAAUUUUUGUGUUGUAACAACUUUUGGAAUUUGUCUAAUCUCAAAGUGUUUUACUGAUUCUAAAUUUUCCAUGUCAGUUUUGGUGAUUAUUUUUAAUUAGUUUCCAUAGAUUCUCCUCUGCAGUCAUGUUGUUACCCAGCCUUUGUAACUUCUAUGCUCUAUAUCAGGAUGGAAAGACAACGUCGUGAAGAGGAGCUGAAGAACCGGUCAUCCAAAAAAGGUCAUGAGGCAGAACAAGCAAUAUUGAACAGAGUAAGCUUUUAUUUUCGCUAAAUAUUUCUACAUGUGGUUAUAUGCUCUGUUUGUUUGAGUUUAUGUUUAAAUUUGUUGGUGAAAAGUUUCAUUUUACUUUUUAGGCAAGUAGCCCACAGACAGGCUCACAUCAAUCCGGAGUUAGCAUGAAAUCGUUAAAAGAUAAGGCCAAUCAACUAGAUAAAGAUGUAAAGGAGGGAUCAGUUUUGCAGACUGCUGGUCCCACCGGUGAAAUCACUGCAGGUAUGUUCUCAAUUCUUCCGUUCACAGCUUAUCUUUAUCAUGGCAUGUGUCAUGUAUGCCAAAACUCUUAGCACAGUCCUUUUGACAAAAGCAUAUUCAUGUUCUUGUGUUAUCAUUCACGCUUUCAUAUCUGUUUCGUUUGCCCUAGGUCAUUCUUUCAUAUCUUUCAUCUCUAGGUCAUUCUUUUACUUUAUGUGAAUCUUGUUAUCGGAACUAAUAAGAAACAAAAGAAAGUAACUUCUGUUUGUUUAGGUAUAGAGGGGCAAGUCGUUAACUAAAAUCAUAGGUAAAGAGAAAAAUCGUCAGUUCCAUUGAUACUCAUCUCAUUUCUUUUGUUUAUCUGUUACCUGAGGUGUUUUUCAUCCCUAAUUAUCCAUAUUUUUUAUGGGUUUAUUUGUGUUUUCUUUAGAACCUAGUGACAUCGAUUUCAAAUAAGGUAUCUUGGGUCAUUAGUUCUACGUAAGAGGCCGAGCUGGAUCUGGGCUGGCGCUAAUAGUCAUGUUAAUGGGCCGUGUAAUAACUGGUCUGGCCCUGGACAAGAUUACUGAGGUAUUUAUCAAGGUAGGUUCUAUCCUCUAUUGGGGCUGCCUGUCUUCAUGUUUAUGAGGGGGACCAACAACUCCAGCAUCUAGAUUCCAUUGCAAGACUUCUCGAGUCCUGACAACAGGACUUGUUCCAGCAUCAGCAAAAUACAAACAUCUGUAGCUGUGAUCCUUCAAGACUCGAGUCAUGUUUAUUUAAUUAAAUUACAUAAUUUGAUUUAUUUGUUGGUUUCACAGCAUUCUGCAUCGUGUACAUUCCCCUUAAAUAUGCUGGAACCGUUGAUGUUUACUCGUUUGUGGUUAGCCAUAGCUUUCCACAAGAUUAAUGACCAACCCUCCACAAAAAAUAUGGACGACAUGAUAUUAUUCUUACUAACUUUUCCAUUUACUGCUUAUUAUUUUUCAAUUUCUUCAGUACCUUUUUUUUACUGAGGUUUUAAUCUUCUAAUUAAUCCUUAGGUUGGAUAUUGAAAAAAAGUGCGAAAACAAAUGGUUGGAGCAGAAGGUGGUUCGUCUUAAAUGAGAAGAAUGGAAAGGUCUGUGUCAUGUUCCGCCUUUAGUUAGACCUCAAGGUAUAUCAGGCGUUUGAGGGAAAUUAGCUGUUUCAUAUUUUAUAGUUCAUGCUGAUGACUAUAAUAGUCUUUACAAACUUUCAGACAGGAAGGGGGUUUAUGUGGAUACUUGUUGCAAUAAUUUUUUAUUUAAUCGUAUGAUAACUAUUUAUUUUUUUGUGUGCUUAAUGUUCUCAUGGUGUGUGUGACUCUAUUUAUUUUGAUGUUCUUGGAACUUAACGUGUAAAAGUUAACUCCAAAAUAUUUCUGAAUUUUUGAACUUGACGUGGAAUUUUUGAAGUGACCAGAAAUGGGAGAGAUUUCUGUGGAUUUUCAUGCCAAAUUUUCCUAGUUUGUGUGGAUAUUUUCUUGAGUGUUAUGUACUAUAUUUGUCACGGAUGUUGCAAUCAACAUUUUCUUUCAAAUUUUUUUUCAAAUUUUUUUUCAAAUUUUUUUUCAAAUUUUUUUUCAAAUUUUUUCCAAGGAGAUCACAAGCGGGCACCAUCUAGUCUCCUCGCCUUGCCUUUUACGUGCAAGGCAGCCAACCAAUUCCUGGCGGCCUUAAAGGCCUUGGUGUAUAUACUGCAAAUCGGUGAACUUCAAUAAAAACUUAUUUGCCACAGUGCUGCCCUGAUUGCUAUUCUCGAAUUCAUCCGCUGACCAGGAUGGUCGGGUAGAAUACCGAACGUUUCUCUUUGAAAAAUAAUGGUCUACUAUAAGAGCCAGCCACCCUUGUCUUUGAUGACCGGAUAAAAUAACAUCACUGUUACACUCCUAAGCGUCUAUCGCACUAAGGAAAUGGCAUUUAUUUUUGGUCUGUGGCCGCCAUUUUCAGCUUGGAUAUACAAAGAAGCAAGAGGAAAGACAUUUCCGCGGUGUCAUCAACUUGGAGGUAGGAACCCACUUUUGUUCUCUUGGAUUCAUCAGUUGGGUGCUUCUCUUUCCCUUUAUGGAAAUCUUUCUUCAGGAAUGCAACAUUGAAGAGGCUUCAGACGAAGAGGAGCCACCGAAGACCUCAAAGGACUCGAAGAAAUCCAAUGGACCGGACUCUGGGAAGGCUCCCAGCCUGGUGUUCAAAAUUACUUCCAAGGUCGCCUAUAAGACUGUCCUGAAAGGUACCUUCUAACAAUCCCAUAGAGAAAAAAAGAAAAAAAAAAGAAGACUUGUUGCUUUUGAUUCUGCAGAGGGAUCCAUCAUCUUCUUUCCUGUCAACCUAAAGCUGUCGUCUCAUGCAGCUCACAGCGCCGUUGUGCUGAAAGCUGAGAACAUGGCCGACAAGAUCGAGUGGGUGAACAAGAUCCGUAAUGUGAUCCAACCCUCUAAAGGAAACCCCACCCCUGACGUUGGUCAUUCCAUGAGGCAGAGCCACUCGGACGGGUCCCUGGUAUGUCUGAUCCAGGAAGAUGAAGUGGACUUUUUCCAGUUGACUUUACGUCAAUUUUUCCCACAAAUAUAACCUGAACCGAUUUACUUUUCAUGUCUGGUUUACUUUUCUUAUGCUUUCUUCUUUUCCUGGCAAAUAAUCAUUCCUGUAGGAUACGAUGGCUCGGAGACCUGCUGACCCGGAAGAGGAGCUAAGAUGGAUGUCUCAAGAAGUGAGAGGAUACGUGGAGGCUGUCCUGAACAGUCUCGCGGCCAAUGUUCCCAAGGUAAGUCGCCUUCUUCUUCUCCUCGAGUCCUGUUCUUCUGCAGCCCUUGAUGGACCGGGAGGUUCCGUGAUCUGUCCUGGCGGUGCAGGCUGUUGUUCUUUGCCAGGUUGUGAAAGCCAAGGAGGAUAUGCUGAAUCAGUUGUACAGCUCCAUAAGGUCAGUUGAUUCUUAAUUUUAUCCAUUAUUAAUUCUAGUCAGGAUGAUCCGAAGUUUACCCCUCCAAUAGCGCCCCCCGGCCCGCCCCCCCUUCAUGCUGCCACGAGCACGUGCAUGCCCCUCGAUCUCCCCGUGAUCCUUACCCUGACUAUUUUCGGACGGUUAGAAUCAAGGCAUUGACUAUUUUCGGACGAAAUGUCGGUCAUCCUCGGUCGUCUCUGUCGUCUUUCAGUGCCCAAAGUACUGCGAGGAUCGAAGAGCUGCUUUUGGAGGACCAGAACGUGAAGCACAGACGGGAGCGUUUCCAGAAACAGUCAUCCGUGCUCUCUAAGUUGACUCGCCAGCUCAGCAUCCACGACGAUCGCGGGGGCGGCUGGUCCGGCAUCAGCCCCAGCGCAGGUGAAUUGUUUAUUUAUCGAUGCUAUUAUCAGGAUAUGUAUUGCGGAAGAACUGCCGUCAGUCUUCUUCUCCCACUCUACUUUUUCUGACCCACCGGCUCGCCCUCCAGAGAGCAGCCCGACGUCUAGCGGACCCUCGGGUGGUGACGACUGGCGGUCCGCGUUUGACGCCGCCGCCAAUGGCCACGGCCGCUCGGGCUCCGCCGGUGAUCCCCGGUCCUCCGGCGGGCACAGCCGGAGGUACAGCGACCCAGUGCAGAACGGGGACUCAACUGCGGGCCCGGGUUCUGGGAGCCGCCGGACGCCCAACCGCCUGCCGCCACCGCCGCCGCCGCAGAGCAAUAGCUCGGGAUUUAGAUUCUAG